GUCGUUGCUGCAGUGUGUGUUUGUGUGUGUGUGAGAGAGACGGUGGUGUAGUGUUUGUGGGCGCGGGGACAGAGACUCCAGUUUUGUUUGUUUGUGUGUGUGUAUAUAUAUAUAUAUAUAUAUAAAGGUACGAGCGCAUUCAAGAAUAUGGUUUCCUGGGCAUCGGCCCCUCUGCACUUCACUUAAGUCAUUCUUCGUUCUUGUCGCUAGGACUAUUAGACCUGUGUGCACUGAACCAGGUUCCAUGUAACUCUUAAUAAUAGUGCUGGGUGCUACUACAGCAGUUGUCUGCGUGGCUUGGGGCUCCCUACAUCACACUGUCGGCAUCACUUUAGCUUUACCUUACCAAAAGCUGUGCUACCUAUCCAGAUGAAUGAAGACCCCAUUUGGGAAGCGAUCCAGUCAGAGGUUAUCGAUUGAUGCAGCAGAAGGUUGGAACUUCUUCAAGACAGAGGGAAAUUUGGAUAUGACAUGCUUCAUCAAAAGCCUUCCUGGUGUUUCUGGCAAUAUGAUGAAGAAGAAAACUAAUCACAGGAAGCAUCGUAGUAAUGUGGGGCCAAGCAAGACAGUAUCUCAUUCACGACGGAACAUUGUGGGUUGCAGAAUUGAGCAUGGAUGGAAAGAACAAGGUGGAAUAACACAGUGGAAAGGCACAGUUCUGGAUCAAGUACCAGUGAAUCCUGCACUUUACCUUAUCAAAUAUGAUGGAUUUGACUGCGUAUAUGGACUUGAACUUCAUAAGGACGAAAGGGUCUUAGGAUUUCGGGUCCUACCAGAUCGAGUUUCUGUCUCGCGAAUCAGUGAUGUGGAUCUGGCAGAAAUGAUGAUAGGCAAAGCAGUUGAGCACAUGUUUGAAAAAGAUGAUGAUGGGGCUAAAGAUGAGUGGCGAGGAAUGGUGCUUGCACGUGCUCCGAUCAUGAACACGUGGUUUUAUAUCACCUAUGAAAAGGAUCCUGUCUUGUACAUGUACCAGCUUCUAGAAGACUACAGAGAAGGAGAUUUACGUAUAAUGCCUGACUCAAAUAAUGAUUCUCCACCAGCUGAGAGAGAGCCAGGAGAAGUCGUAGACAGCUUGGUGGGUAAACAAGUGGAAUACGCCAAAGAAGAUGGCUCAAAGAGGACUGGCAUGGUCAUCCACCAAGUAGAAGCAAAACCAUCAGUGUAUUUUAUCAAGUUUGAUGACGAUUUCCACAUUUAUGUCUAUGAUUUGGUAAAAACCUCUUAGACACAUUUCAUAGUGCAGUGGGAAGGCCAUAUUGGCCAACUCAUGGACUUUUCCAUAUGCGGACCUUGAUAUACUAGGCUCUAAAAGCCCAGUAAGCUAUUGUGAUCUCACAAUCUCUGCCAUUGACAACAAAUACAACACAAGUUUGAAUCAGCCAAAUGGUUCUACUAAUGUUACCAUUUAUGAUGGUUUGAAUGCAAGAGGGUUACUUGCAAAAGAAACAGUCUAAAACCAGUAUUUUAGAAUAAGGGAACUAGGUUUCCAGAGUACUUUGUCACUCAUGGGAAACAAUAAAGCUUCAAGAUAAGAAACCUAAAUUAGGGUCUGGAAAAAAAGUGAGAAAAUGUAUCAGCAUAAAACAAAUUUUCAAUUGGACAAAAAUAAUUUUCUGAAUUGAAAAAUAAACAGAGAGGAAAAAGAAGAAUGGAUCAGACACCAUUCAGUCUUAUAACACGUUUCCAUGUUACACCUUUUUUGACAACUGUCCUUUUUUGAAAUCAAGUACAUCUUGUUUGACCUCGAAGGAAGCUGCAAAUUUAUUAAGAUUUUAUAACAUACCUUUUGAUCUUAAUAAAACUGCAAUGAGCCAUACAUAUUAAAGGAAAUGCACUUGAACAUUUUUCUUAAACCCUUUUUUUAAGGAGCUUAGGUAAAUUUCAUUAUUUUUAUUAUGUAGUGAAAGUACACAUAUGAAAGGUGAAAUUUAAUAUGAGAAGUUUGGCAAUGUGAGAGAGGAAUAGGGAAGAAAAAUAAGCCGUGAAAGUCUGGGAAAACAACCAGUAUAUUUCUAUACUGGUUAUCAUGGUGCUGAGAAUACAAAAGUGAUACUGUUAAAAUUCUCUCUCGGGUAUGAGCGUCGCUGGCAAGAUCAGCAUUUAUUAUCCAUUCCUAGUUGUCCUGUGGAGGUGUAUUGUCGUCAUGAACUGCUGCCAUGUAUGUGAGCAGGUGAAGGUGAGCUGUUUGAUACAAAUAAGUGGCUUCCUAGGCAGCUGAAUUAACCACGUUGUUAAGUCACAUAUAGGCCUGACUGACAAAGAUGGCAGGUUUCCUUCCCUAAAGGACAUUAGUGAACCAGUUGGGUUUUUCCAACAAUCUGACAACUUUGUUUUCACUUUCAUUGAUGGUGACACAAAUUCAAAUAUCAUAUGACUUUUUUCGGUGGAAUAUUAUGAGGAGGUGUCUAAAAUGAACUUGUUGCUAUUUCUAAAUUAUACCUGCCAAAUUAUUCUGUUUUUACCUUGGCUGGCUUUUUUUAUAGUGACACAUUUCAUCCACUAUGAGAUCUGUACUUCAUUUGUGCUAAGAAGGUGCACAGUUAAUUGGCUAUAAUAUUAUAAUUAUCUUUAAAUGUUUCCUUUGAGUAAACUUAAUAACUUUAACUGUACAGUGUAGCUGAAGUAAUUCCUAAAACCUAUCAGAAGCUGAUUCGGCUCUGGCCUGCUGAAUCUUGGUCAAACCAAUUAUCAUACUUCAAUUUUAAGAUGUGCUGUGCAAAAUAAUAUUUAGCUUAUCUCCAUUAAAAAAAAUUCUUUAACACCCCAAGGCUUAUUAUCUGAUAAAUAUUUAAAGUCACAUGCCUCAAUUGUCUAUAACGCUCUUAGUCCAAUGAUUAAAUGUCUUACGUUCUGUCAUUGCUCAGAUCUUGUACUUAGUAACAACAAUAAAAUUAUUGUUCUCUAAAAAUAAAGCAUUCUAGACGUGAUUGGGAGUGAGCGAGUAAAGCGGCAAUUUAAAUAAUGACACAAUAAUCUGAAUUUCCAAAUGCUGCUGCUUAUACCUUUAGGGCAAGGAUAUUUUACAGCAAAAAAAAACACAUUGUACCUGGGAAGAAUGUCACCUGCCUUGGAAUUUGGAAGUGAUUUAAGUAUAAGUGCAGCAAUGAACCUAAAAUGAGUAAGCAAUGCAUCAGGCAACAUUAAUAUUUUCCUUAUUAGGUAUUUUGGAACUUAAUGAGUGUCAAAUGGGCAUCUCAUACCAUUACAGAUGGAAUAUCAAAAUAUCCCAUAGCCUUAAAACCACAGGUGUGUGUCUCUUUUUUGUCAUAUAAUAGCAUUUCUGAUUUCAUGACAUGAAGAAAGUGGGAACUUUAAUUUAUAAUAUAUGCUUUUAUAUGAACUACUUUCCUUAGAAUUGUUAAUGGACCAUAACUUAUUCCAUUCCUUCACCACCCCCAAUGCCUGAUGUUUCUUCAGCCUCUCCUGACAGCAGUAAUUUACACUGGGAUAUGAUUCCACAGGUGCUGGUAGAAAUCCAACAUCUUGCCCAAGUGAAGAUUCAACAUGUGUUUACCUAAAUAUUGGGGGUAAUAAACUGCAAAAGGCACAAUCUUAAUAUUCAGGUAGACCCACUGUGAAUUGGAACCUUAUCUGGAUUUUUAUUUGAUUCCCCUUCAUGAUUGAAACCUCCUACUUACCUGGUGGUGUUAACAUUAUAAUUUGUCUUGGCUAACCAUGCACACAACUGGGGUUUUCCUUGUCUGUAUAAAUCCACUGAGUCAUUUAAAAUUCUAUAAUUAAACCUACCAAAUAAAGUUUGGUACCAUUUUGUGUAAAAUAUUUAACGUGUAUUGUAAACACAGUACAUAGUGGUGGACCAAUUAUGAUGCAAUUUAAAAUCUCAGUUUUGAGAAACCUUCACUUGAGGAGAUCAUCUUUGUUGCUCCUCCUGGGAUAUGGAACUAGAUGUCACUUGCAGUAUUAAUCUUUUGUGCAUCCUUCAUUAACCUAAAUCAUUGAUCUUAAUUGACUGCAAUAGUCCUUGGUCACAAUGCCUGUUUGGUUAAUUCAUCGAAUACAGUGUAUUUCUGAGGAAUCUGAUGUGAAUGCUACUGUUUUAAAUAUUUCUUUUCAAAGCUGUAAUUCAAAAAUGAUUUACUUGUGCACCUGUUCUUGGUUAUGAAACUGUAUUCUGGAACACUAGUUCAAUGUUAGAAACUUUAAAAAAAACAUUUUACACUUAUUACGUCACCAGGUUUUAAACGCCAACAGCUUUUUUUCUUAGACUAGGGUACCUUUCCAGAUCCCUCUUUGACAAUAAUGUUGAUUCCCAAUAGCAGGCAUGCUUAGUUACCACUUGAUUAGAGCUACCUUAGUCUUUACUUGCAGCGAAAACAACAGCCAUUUUCAAGGGUUUAUGGUAGAAUAUUGACUGUUUGUAAAAACCCAACUUUCAUGUGAGGCAAUUUUUGGCAACGAAUUGUGAACCUGGAUGACAGUUUUUUCAAAAAUUAAGAUACUAAGGAUUCUUUAAAAUAAGUUGUUAAUCACCUAUUCAUGUUUUUGCUUUAUUUAUUCAAGUUGCAAUUCUUUAGCCUUAUGGCUUGUACCUAAAUGUAAUGUGCUGGACAAUAAUAUGAAUACAUCAUUGAUGUUUAAUCUGAAAAUGACUACAUGCAGGAACUGUCAUUUCUCCAGUAUUCCAAAGUAGGCAACCAAAGGCAGGUUACUGUGUUUUUAAAUUAUUUCUGCUCACAAAGAACCCCUUGAUACUGUACUAUGAAGCAUUUCUAACCCAGCUCUAAGUCUCUGUGUUGUUAACAGUGUGUUUAAACAGAUUCAUCAGACCUGCAAACUCAGUAUUGGCAGAAUUUCUGCAAAUUUGUCAACUUGUAAAUGUUUCUAGAGUAGGUCUACAAGAUGAUUUAAAAUCUAAUCCUUAUUGAUAUUGAACCAAAUGUGACUCUUUAUUUUAGGUCUUUCCGCAGAAACACAAAUUGGGCAGGGAACACCAAAACAGUACUUGAUGGAGUGAACUUCAAAUUGAAUUUGUUACAGAUUUGAAUGCAGUGCUCUCAUGACCUUGGUUAACAGUAGAAUUUUUUUUUUCCCUGGGAGCCAGUAUUGCUUUAUAAAAUUAUCUUGGGGCUUGUGGUUGUAACUGACACAAUCUUGGAUACGUAUUAAAAAUAGUUGAUCAUUUAACUUGGGUUGUAUAACUACUGUGUGUGAAAUAUGGCUUAUAUAGUGUGAUCUUUUAAAUGCAAACGUUGUGUUUUUCUGCAUGUUCUAAUGUUAGACCCAUUUCACAUAAUCAGCUAUGCAUGUAACACCUUAUUUUAGGUUGCCUGUUUGCUUAUUGUAUUGUCUGAUUGUUAGCUAGGAUGAAAUGCACUGAUUUUAGAACAGUGCCAAUUGUGGUGGCUUAUGUCUUAAAAGGGACCAUACUUUUUCCUUUUUUGAGUGGGGUGGGGUGGUGGGGAGAUAGAGAAAAUCUGGCAAGGGUUCUUCAUAAUCAAUUAACAAAUGUGAAAAAGCUAGGUUUACCUUUUUAAACAUGUAACCCCUCUCUUGGAAUCUGUAUCCUGAGCAUUUUAAAAUGUCCGUGCCAAGUUUGGUAAAGAUACAGAUUUAAAAUCGUACUUAUUGGAGCUUAUAAGCAGAAAGGGGCCUUUUGUUACUAAAAUUAAACGCACAAAAUGAGCAUUUAUUGACACUUGUGCCUUGAGCCAUUGCUUUAUCUCUUGUAGAUCUGGCUAAUGUAAAACAAUGCAGUUAAUUUAGUUCAGAUGGUGGCAUAAUAGAAGUAUGUGUAGCAGGGAGCUUGAUAAUGGACCUCAUGAUUUGACUUGCUUUUGGAAACAAAGCCCACUAUUUCCAUGCUACUACGUUUUUGGAUUAUUCUUGAAUAAGGGGGAAAAUACCACCAUUAGAAUACAGUUACAAAAUGUAUGGUCCUUCAUUAGUUACAAUGCUUUUUAAAGAAAACUCAGCUUAACAGUUUAUGGUAUAUGUAUAGUUAAAAUGCAAUGUUGAUGUUUGCUUCUGGAGUUAGGCAAAUUUUCAAAUGUAUAGACAUUGUAGAUCAUGUUGCUGUAUGCCAUUAGAUCUAUAAACAUUUCACAUCUUAAAAAUCUGUUUACUUCUGUAAGGUUUUUUAUAAUUAUGUUGUAUAACUAUAAAAAAUAAAUUUCUGUGCAAUUUAAA